CGAGAAGAUGCCGAUGUCGAUGGGGUAAAACGAUGGUGAUUGAAGAUACCACAGCCCUCCGCUGAUGACAAUGUUGAGGACCUUCCGAGCAUUCGCCCACACUCUUCCCUCACUAUCGCCGCGAGUCGUACGGGAACCCCUCCGACCCCUGGUCCGCAAGAUGGCCGCCUCGACCCACGCCCCGGUCCUCAAGCAGCCGGUCAAGCUCGCCUGCAUCCAGCUCGCCAGCGGGCCCGACAAGGCGGCAAACCUCGCGCGAGCGCGGGACAAGGUCAUCGAGGCAGCCCGGUCGGGCGCCAAGGUCAUCGUCUUACCCGAGUGCUUCAACUCGCCCUACGGCUGCGACUACUUCCCCUCGUACGCUGAGCAGCUGCACCCCCUGCCGCCGCCGCCGGAGCGGAGCCCCAGCUUCGCCGCCCUCUCGGCCAUGGCGCGCGAUACGAGCACUUACUUGAUCGGGGGCUCGAUACCGGAGGUCGUCACGACGACGACGGCGGCGGCGGCGGGGGGCGCUGCCGGAUCGACGACGACGACGACGACAUACUACAACACGUCGCUGGUGUUCGGCCCCGACGGCAACCUGCUAGCCACGCACCGUAAGGUGCACCUCUUCGACAUCGACAUCCCGGGCCGGAUCCGGUUCCAGGAGUCCGACGUCCUGUCGCCUGGCAACAAGGUCACGGUCGUGGACCUUCCGGGCUACGGGCUGAUCGGGCUCGGCGUCUGCUACGACAUCCGCUUCCCCGAGCUGGCGACCAUCGCCGCCCGGCGCGGCUGCUUCGCCCUCGUGUACCCGGGCGCCUUCAACCUGACGACGGGCCCGCUGCACUGGCGCCUGCUGGGCCAGGCCCGCGCCGUGGACAACCAGCUGUACGUGGUCCUGUGCAGCCCCGCCAGGGACAUGAGCGCCACGUACCACGCGUGGGGCCACAGCUUGAUCGUCGACCCCAUGGCGCAGGUGCUGGUGGAGGCGGAGGAGGGGGAGGCUAUCGUGAGUGUGGAGAUCGACGGAGCGAAGAUCGAGGAGGCGAGGAGUGGGAUCCCGCUCAGGGAUCAAAGACGGUUUGACGUCUAUCCGGAUAUAAGUAAUGGAGAGGGGGUCAAAUUUGAGGAUGAGGGUCAGGUAUGACAGUGAGGUUGUGUAAAUAAAAGAUGAACCGAGGGUCAAUAGUGUUUGUACUUGGGCUGUUUUUUUCAAGGCUGUAGGUAGAUUAUAGCUUCUCUACCAAGCUGCCACCCCAAAAACAGAUGGUUU